UGUGUGAAUGGUUGGACCACUUUCCCUACAGAACACACAUAUUAAUGCUUAGUUGUUGUGGUCUCAUUUCUUUUCUCUUUUUUCCCUUUUUCUUUAGCUGGUUGAGUUAAGAAGCUCUAAAGAAGAAUCCCACCGACGAAAUUGCUUCAUUCUCUAUAGCUUUCCCUCCCUUUUAUCACUGUCAACAAGAGAAUAAGAGAGGGCUUAGCGGUAAACAUUUGAUUGACUGGUCAUAGAUGGGGAACUGCCUGUUUGGAGGCUUGGGAGAGGCUGGUGCAGUAAUCAAAGUAGUAACAUCCAAUGGUGGCAUCAUGGAGUUCUACGCACCAGUAACUGCAGAAUGCAUCACCAAUGAAUUUCCUGGCCAUGGCAUUUUUCGAAGCCAUGACCUCUUCUGGAAGCCACUUUCCCACCAUGAAGAGCUUCAUCCAGGAGAAUCAUACUUUCUCCUCCCAAUCAACAACACAGGUAGUAGUACUGGUGGCCAUGUCGCCCAAGUAGGCCAUGUUAGAUCAAACAGUGUUCCUACAUCUCUUGUUGCACCGUAUAGGAUGUCUUUUGAGAAUCAAGGGAUGCUGAAGAGGUCAUACACCGAUGUGUUCUCUAGAUACAACAACACUGGAGUAUGGAAGGUGAAGCUGGUGAUCUGCCCCGAACAGUUAUUGGAGAUAUUGUCACAAGAAGCUCGAACCCAGGAGUUGAUUGAGAGCGUGAGGACGGUUGCAAAAUGUGGAAAUGGGGUCUCACCUAUGGGGUUUUCAGAUCAGUGGAGCUUCUCAAGCAGCAUGAAUGCUUCCUCUAAGCAAGAUGGCUUACUAGAAAUUUAGUAGAGAUGCAGAUACAUCUUCUAUAUUCAUAUAUAUAUAUAUAUAUAUAUAUAUAUAUAUCUAUGUUAUAUGGUAAUUGCACUCUAUGCACCUUAAAGUCUGAUAUUUUCUUAAGAUGAAUGCAGAUUGUACUAUUACUGUCUAGAUUUGGGAAAAUUAUCUGUGAUUCUCAACAAA